UGACUUUGGUUCUCAAUAAAAUACCGCCAUGGCUACCAGCAAUGGUAAGUACCUCUUUUGCUGAGCGUACGUGCAGCCCAGAUUCUGUUUAACUCCUUGACACAGGUGAUAUCUUCUACACCUCACAGGAACCUGGAAGGGGAUAUUCACUCUAUUUCUCAGAUGGAGAAGCAAGCAUGGAGACUAGAAGGACUUAAGGUCACAAAACAAGUCAGACGCAGAGCCCAGGGUGGAAUCCAGCGCCUAAGACUUCUACUUUCCUCUGCUCUGGGGAGUGUCCAGAUGUCCAGAUUUCCCUGUCUAAAUGUCCCUUUAGUCCUAAAGAACACCAUCAGGCUCCCCAAGGACAAAGGCCAGGGACACCGAUGGAGAGGGAGGAGGGGGCUGGGGUCCUGAACUCCCAGGUCUGGGGAGGAGGGGCCUGUGCCCUAGGAAACGUGGGCCGAGGCAUUAGACCCCCUACGCCGGCCCAGCGCUCUUUCCUGCGCCCCCGCGCGUCCCGCUCCGCCCCGCAGGCCACGCUCCGCGCCUGACCAAGCCCCGCCCACUUUCUACACCGUCGGCUUGGGACCCAGAGAAAUAGAGGCGAAGGUGCUAGAAGAGACUAGAGACCUCUGUGGAGAUGGAGCAGCAAAAGAAAGAGACUGGGCCCCAAGGAAACAACCCGUCCCUGCCACCACCUGGGACAGAGCCGUGUCCCCCUGCACCUUUCUCAGCGCUGCCGCCUUUUCCCCUGGGCACCCCAGAUCCCGCCCACCUGGGGCUUCCGGAAAGCGUGGCCUCUAUCACGGUUCCCAUCCGUCUGGACGCCCUCUCCUACCUCCUGCACAGCGCCCUGAUGGGGGCCUACAGCUUUCAGCAGUCCAUGCCCUCCUGCCCCUGCACCUCCCAGGCAUGCGGCACCCAGCCAGGCAUGGCCAAGAGACCAUCCAAGGGACGCGGGGGCUGGGAUGUCCCACGCCGGCCAGGCCGAGGCCAGGGCCAGUGGCGAUGGGGACCCGGGAGGGCUGAGCAGCCAGAGAGGGGAUGGGUGGGGGGCUCUGGGGCUGGCCCCAAGACCCCACCAACGACGCCGCCGUCGACUCCAGCACUGCAUGCCCAGGAUGGGAAAAAGGAACCCAGAGGUCAAGAGCCACCCCGGGAUGUGCCACCUGCUGGGGAGGACUGGGAGGCAGAGUACUAGGGCCCAGGGUGACCGCAGCACUUCAAGAGAUACCCCAAGAACCAUCCUGCGCCCACCCCUCUUCCCCCAAACCAGGGCCUCAGAACAAGCCCCGCACCUCAUACCCCAGCCCAAACCCAUUCCCAACACCAUCCCAGUCCCAAAGACAGCAACAGCCCAGCCCCGCCUCCAGCCCCACUCCUAACCCCAGAGCCAUGGCCGCCUGCCUCUGCAACCCCAGUCCCGUCCCCACUCCUGAUGCCGGAUUCCCAGUCUUCAUCCUUGGCCUGCCCCCCACCCCACCCUCUUUCCCAGCUUCCUCAUUCCCCUCUGUCUGCCUCGGGCCAACCCAAUCCUCACCCUUACCUUCCUUCCAGACACCCCCCCACCUUCAGCCCCA